AUGAUGAAAUCCAUCCUUUGCUUCUCAACCCUGCUAGCAGGGCUGGGCCUUGUUCAAGCUGGCUUUGAUGCGGACAGCCAGAACAAUGUUGCUGUCUACUGGGGCCAAAACUCCAUUAACAUUGCCAAUGGAACCGAGGCUCAGAAACGACUCAGCUAUUAUUGUGAGACUGGUGAUGAAGUAGACGUUUUCAUUCUGUCUUUUGUGACCAAGUACCAAGGCACUGGCGGCUAUCCCGAGCUCAACUUCGCCAAUGCUCAAAACAACUGCACUGCUAUUAACGGAACCGGACUUCUAGAUUGUCCCCAGAUUGCCGAGGAUAUCGUUACCUGCCAAGGUCUCGGAAAGACAAUCCUCCUCUCAACUGGAGGCAGCGCCUACACUGAAGGCGGAUUUACGAGCGAGGAGGCCGCCACUGAAAGUGCUCAUUUGAUGUGGGAGCUGUUUGGACCGGUGUCUGAUAACAGCUCGGUUCCUCGUCCAUUCGGAAAAGCCGUCAUCGAUGGAUUCGAUUUCGAUUUCGAAAACAUCGAGAUGAGCAACAUGCCUGCAUUUGCAAACGAACUGCGCAGUCUGUAUUCCGAUGACACUUCAAAGACCUAUUACACUACCGCUGCCCCUCAAUGCGCAUACCCUGAUGAAGCCGAUGGCCCCAUGCUCAACGGAACCGUUUACUUCGAUGCUGUCUGGGUCCAGUUCUACAACAAUGGCUGCGAUAUGGCCAACUGGGUUCCAAACACUACCACUCAGUGGAACUUCAACUUUGAUACAUGGGACAACUGGGCAAAAACUAUCUCCCUCAACCCCGAUGUCAAGGUGUGCAUGGGUGUUCCGGGCGACACGUCGGCUGGUGGCGGCUACGAGCCCCCCUCCACGAUUGGUGAGAUUGUCGACUAUAUCGUCGACCAAAACUACACGUCCUUUGGUGGCAUUAUGAUCUGGGAUGCUAGCCAGGCGUGGAAUAACAGUGGCUUUGUGUCGUCUGUGUACUCUUAUCUGCCUGGCGCCUCGGCCUAG